AACGUGUCCCUGGGAUCCUCCUCCUGCAGAUCAACAAGGAGAGCAUGGAGAGGGCGCUGAGCCCAGACAUGUUGGCUACUGACCUGGCUCUCUACCUGGUUCGAAAGGGAAUGCCCUUCAGACAAGCCCACAUGGCCUCCGGCAAGGCCGUCCAGCUGGCCGAGACCAAAGGCAUCACCAUCAACAACCUCAGCCUGGAGGAGCUGCAGAACAUCAGCCCCCUGUUUGGCAGCGAUGUGGCGCAGGUGUUCAGCGUGGUGAGCAGCGUGGAGCAGUACACGGCCGCGGGCGGCACCGCCAAGAGCAGCGUGUCCGCCCAGAUCGAGCAGCUGCGGGAGCUGCUCAAGAGGCUCAAGGAACAGGCUUAGAGUGUGGGGAGAGAUCCCGUGCCUGCAGCGGUGUGCCUGUGCCACUGAUCUGGAGUUAAUAAACACUGGGGUGUCUGUAGUUCACUGAAAUCCUGCUGAAAUUCCAAUAACUUGUAACCUUCGCACUCCCCACAAGUGACUCUGAAAAGAAAUAGAAGUAAGCAAGCAGGCAAUAAAGAAAUAACCAAAAGUAAGCAAACAAUAAUAAUAAACC